GGUGGGCCUCCAUGCUGAAGGCACCUCUACGUUCGCCGUCAGUACCGAGGGCGAGGUCACCACCGAGUACGCCUGGCUCUCCGAGGAUCAGCUGCGGGAGCGGGGCGCGCUCGCGAGCUUCGCGGGGCCUGGCCUGACGGCCAUCCCCCCACUGGUGCCCAUGGACCUGGGCCACACCAGACCAGACGAGGGGCAGUUCUGCAGCCGCGUCAAGGACGCCUACAAGAGUGUGAGCGCCAUCUUCGAGCAAGAGCACCUCAAGCGCCUGGAGGGAUUGGUUGCCGCAGUGGAGGACCCCUGGCUGACCAUGAACGGAGCAGGUGCGCCCGCGGCCGAGGAGCAGCUGCUGCACCUGGCGGCGCGGUGGGCCCACAUCGCGCAGCACGGCGAGCAGCUCCGCGGGUUCGCUGGGGCCCUCGCCGAGAUCGAGCAGUCCCAGAGCUCGAUCAACUACCCGGAGCUGCAGCAGGCGCCGUCGAACAGCCUGCGCCUGCAGCGGCUGGAGGCGCGCGGCGCGCUGCUCGCCCGCGCCGCGGCGAAGCUGCACGAGGACGUGUCGACCGUGGCGGAGGACUACCACAGCGCGAUGACGGAGCUGAGCGCGCAAUUCUUGGCGUGGGACGCCGCUCUGGAGCGGCGCAUCGCGGCCAGGCAGUGAGGCACCUCUUGAUCGCGCGCUGCGGCGCUGCGGCCCCGUUGGCUUCCUGUUGUUUUCCUCCGUCACACCCCCUUUCUCUCCCUCUUUCUCUCUCGUCUCUCCUCCC